AUGGGUGAUGCGCUGUGCGGGCCGUCGAACGCCCUUCAGAACUUCCAGAAGCAUACCUCUGUUGAUCGGACCCUUCAGCAAGACCGGUUGACUUCCCGUCAAUCGCCUGCUCAGGGUUUCCGAUCCCAGAACCCCCAAGAAGGAAUACUCGACCCGGAGUUCGCCGCAUUCGAAGGCAACUUUGCUGGCCCUGCAUUGCCUAACUUACAACAUCCGGCCCAUUUUGGAGCACCAUCACAUCAUGCUGCAGUACACCAUCCAGCUGCACAUGGUGCAGCCAACGCCAGUUGGGCAUCGGACUUCCAGAACUUGCAAAUCUCGGGGCCCGCACACCCUGUAGCGCAACUACAAAGACCAAAUAUUGCGCCAGCCACGGCGCAUGGCGGGUGGCACUCUGAAUUCAUGACCCAACAACGAGGGCCUAUGUCCCAGACACAGCAAACCCCGCAAAUGCAUGGUGCCUAUCAACCAGCUUUUGCACCAAGCUACCAGAUGUAUGGAUCCUCCAUGAAUCAGAUGCAGCCCUCGCAGGUUAUGCAGACUGAGCAACACCACAUGCAACAGUUUGACGAAUCCGCCUUUGAGGCUGCCUUUGAUCAGGCCCGGGCAGAUAUGGAGUUGCAAGGAGUCGAUGCUGCUCAACUAGAUACUCAGAAGCAGUCGCAGGAGACCAAUGAAGUCGGCAUUCCUGAGCCAGUUACCCAAGAGCAUAUUCGACUCGGAUCGGAUCUCAUUCCCAAAAGUGAAAAGCAGGAUCCAGAAACACGGAAUCGAGAUGCCGAUGAACUUGCGCGGACAGCAGGGCAACUGCUCGACAGCGUGCGCAACGAAACAAGUGAAAAAUUCCAACAAAGCAAUUUCAUGGCUUUGAUGCGCCGGAUUCGAGAUCGCGAGGUGGAAGUUGAAGGGGAUGAUUUCCGCGAAACGGUGCAAUCACUUCACCCAGGUGGUCGAUACUACCCGGGCCAACCUCACCCAGACCACUCUGGCUCCGAUAUCCCGUCUAGCAGUAAGGAGCCACACAACCUUAUCGACGUGCCCACUUCCCAGAUGGUGUAG